AAAGUGGUGAUGCCGGAUUGUGGUAUUGUUACGACUCAUUGGCAACGGCUCGGGAGAUUGCCCAUUGAAGUAUGAUGCGUCGCGUGCCCUUGUACGGCAUGACCGACCCUACAUUCAAUGCGACUACGAAUUUGCACGAGUUGCCCCAGAAAUACUCUCCGAAUUGCUUCGAACUGCGGUCGAGGCCGAGGUUUGCAAAUAUAGGAAAAGUGGAGAUUACGACGCAUUAAAGCUUCGCCAAUCGCGAUAGAUAUGCUCAACUCGUGCGUGGGGCAUAUGUCAACCCUAGCGUCAUCCAAUCCCUUCACUGGGCUUUAAGCACUUUACUUUAUAGAACGUGUCCUCCAAAGAGCCACAGAGAGUUUCAUUGCAAACACCUUAACGAAAAUGCCGCCAAAAAGUGAGAGUGAGAUAAUGGAGACAAUCGACAAAAUUUCGGGGGAAGCAGAAAAAAUUGAUGCAAUCGCCGAAAUUCGAGGACACCUCAGGCCGGAGAGCGACAGCAAGUUCUAUCCCAUCAUACAGAAGUACAACAAUGGAAAUUUGAACCUAGAGGAGGCGAUUCAGACAUUACUCGAACCUAUUGAAAAAGCCAACGAUGGAGAAGACAUCAAUGCCUUGGAUCUAUGGUAUAGCUUCAUUCAUUCGGCGAAGCGAACUCCUUUCAGAAAUGCGGAAAGCCACGAUCGGCUAGGUAAACUAUUGAAAGGAAUCAAGGUGCAUUCGAACAACGAGGCACCCAAAGACGACUAUGCUGGCCUUCGCGAUUUUGGACUGGCUGCACGGGAAACGAUGAACGAUAGUCCAGGCGUUGGUGCGGGAUACACCGAGCCAGAAGCUCAUGCUUAUGCAAACAUGCAGUACUUCUAUGCAACCAUUUCGAGAGAUGGUACUUUUGAUCUUUGGCUAUAUGCCAUUUGGGAAAUGCGCGCUGCGCUUGAGAAUCAUCAGGCAGAUGAUGGACCCGACGAUGCGCACAAACCAGGCACAGCACUGCAGAAGUACCGGGCACGCGUUCCUGCAGCGGCAGCGUGGAUCUUUGGUGCAGGCCACAAGUUAUAUCAAAAAGAGGAGGAUCUAACACCUAAACGACCAAACGAAGGAAACCCAGCACGAGGAGGCGAGCUGUGGAAAGGAAUGGCGGGCUUUAGCAAGGAACGAUGGGCGCUCUGGAAGAGUCGAUUUGAGGAGAUUGGUCAGAUGGAUAAUGUUGACGAAUAUACAAGGAAUAUUGCCAAAGAGGCAGUGUCCGCCAUGGCAGAAAGCGAGAAGAGUUGAACAUGUGUAUUUGGAAGAGUAUAUAUAAUUGACUAGAUCAAAUUCAC